UUAUUGCCAAAGCCGUAUAAAGUUUUAGAAUAAGAUGAAUCAGAUCAAGAAAAAGUGUUCUACUAGACUGGUGGUAGCUGUUGUUGUAUCUGUUUGUUUUUACUGUGUUUGGCCAUCUUCAAGAAAUGAACUUUUUUUGUUCACUCAAAAAGAUCCCAGAGUAGAAUUAACUAACUUAUCAAUAACUCAGAAAGAUCCUAAAACUACAAUAGGAGGGAGAAACACACAGGCUAUAACAGUGGAUCUACCUAUAGAACCAGAAACAUCUUACACAGUUCCAAAAAAACUGCAUUUCAUUUGGAUGGGUAAACAUAUUCCAGAGAAGUAUCAGAAAAAUAUUCUUACUUUUGUCAAAGUUAAUCCAGAUUAUCAGGUUCAUCUCUGGACACAAAUAAUAACAAAUGAUUUGAGAAAAAAUUUGACGGGAGUCAAUUUAGAAGACAUAGACAGAGAGAUAAAAGAUUAUAGCGUGAAGGAUUUGCUUAACCAGGAGGAAAAUAUAGGCGGUAAAUCUGAUAUUCUUCGAUAUGAGAUAGUGUACAGAAAUGGAGGUGUAUAUUUUGAUACUGAUUCAAUUAGUUUAAAACCUUUCUUCAGUCUGCUGACAUACAGUUUCGUUUCACAAAAUUAUGAUGGGUGGAAUAAUAUUCAGAAUUCUGUAUUUGGAUUUCCAAAGGGAUCCAAGUUUCUAGAGUUUGUGAUGAAAGCUUUACGGUGGAAUAUAAAAAAGAAUAACCCAAACAGUGUACCCUGGCGUACAGGUCCAGCUUUCUUCUCUGGGGCUUUUGUCAAAUAUAAUGAUACAAAUAUUCAUAUGAUUCAUCAGAAGUAUCUGGCUUUGCCUAAAUCAAACACCUCAAUAUCAUAUCAGACCUAUGAUGCUACAUGGAUUGAUCAUUGACGCUGUUCAACAUCAUCAGUCAUUAGUGUUUAAUUUUGCUGCAUUUUACAUCCUUUUUUUAAAAUGUAUCAUGUUUAAUAAAUUAUAAAUAAAUUAGUUGAGAAAUAA